AUGGAACUGGAUGAGAGAUUGAGAUGGAUUGAAAUCCGAGUGACGUCAUCUUUAAAGCCCAGGGCAGAAGAACUCAAGCAUCUGUUCACCAAUGAAAAAAGCAGGUGAGGACUAUAGCAGUUAUAUAUAGAUGUAGCCAAGGCGAAAAGCGAAGAACUUGAGGGAUUUUUUAAGAAAUGUCUUUCUCAAGUAAUUCAACUUUUGCUGUAAGCAGAAAGCAAACUGAAUUCCACCUUAAAAAGUGGACUUGUACCCACAAUCAAUUGAAAAGCAAAAAUUGGUUAGUGGAUAACUAGCAGGCAUAUUUUGCAGUGCCAUCUAUGUGGACGUUUAAACUGACUGAGAGUUGGGGCGAGUCAAAAAUGAUUCCAAGGGAGAGGGUGACGUGGGAAAAUAGGGGAGGAAGGGGGAAGGGGAGGGAAAAUUAUGCCUGCAUGCAGUCAUUGUUUGUUUGGCGAAAAUAGUACACUGGGUAGACAGGAGGUCUGAUUUGUGCAGUUUCAGAUGUUCGAUUGCUUGCUACCAAUCAAGGUCACAUAGGAACAUACACUUUCUGUGUCUUCUGCACAGGGUAUUUUUGACACCUUGAUUCAUCCGGAUUUUGACAAUUUUGAUUCUGUGGUGGAGGAAACUCUUUCCCUCAUAUUUGCCCAAAAAUGACUAAGAUGGGGUCUAUAAUUGGCCACAGAAUAGAUCAAAAUGAGGUAGGGGCUCUGACAGGCUAGUGGCACAUAUCCAGCAAAAAUUAACCCAAGUACCCCCCCCCCCCCCCGCUUUUGUCACUAAGGGCCAGGGGCCGGGAAUUUCCCCCGGCUACUCAGAGCAUGGCCCCUGGCUACUUUCGUCGUUAAAUUAAACCAAAAAAGCACACCUUUGAAACACACAAAGACUAUCCAUCAAACUAAAUGCAGGUUUCAUCUGCAGCAGGUUUAAGUAAUUCUAAAAUACUCGCGUGCAAAAACUAAGAAACGUCGGAAAAAGACAUCUGACUUAGAUUUGGUACUAGUACACACGCGCGAAAACUCUCCGUUCACGAAAUGUCAGUAGGGAGUUUUAGCAACGACGACGGCGACGGCAACGAGAACGUCAAAAAAGUAAUAGGUUUAUUGAGCAAAACAACUAGUUUGCACGUACAUCACACUUUUUUGUACAUUUCUUUGCCGUUACUGCGUGACUACGACGUGAAAAUGCCUAGUUUCACGUUUUAUGGAGGACGUAAAACAAGCGACGACAAUCUUUUCUUUCUCUUUCUAAACUUGAGUGCGCCUAAAGAAAUCAACUCCAGGGAAAUUGGCCUGCAUUAGCUAUUUUCAGCGAAUUGAAACAAACGCGACAAAGUUGGAAACAACGCCAAUUCAUUUUUAAAAGUGACGUUUUCGCUGCCAUCACCCUUGUCGAUGCUUAAAGUCCCUAGUUUCAACCGUUGUGUAGGGUUUGUGUUGAACAUGUCGAAGAAGUGGCAAAGGAUUCUGCACUCUUUGUUCACGAUGAAAGACCUGAGCAGAUCUCUGUUGACAUCACAAGUUGAGGCGUCAUCCGGGGGUUAAAUCUCCCUGAUGCUGAUGUUGAUGAUGAUGAGGAUUAUGAUGAAGGUUUUGAAGAUGAAGACUAUGACUGAUUACCAUGUUUAAUAUAUUGACAUUUAAGUGACCAGGUCUACAUUUAGCUUUAGGUAUCGAGUAUAUAAAAUAACGCACGAUCAACGGGAAAUAUUCGAUCAUUGUCUGCAGGUCAUGAUCACAUCCUCUCAGUUCUACUUCCAAGAAGUUAUAUAUAAAAGGGAAGUUAAACAUUAGCAUUACUCUUGUAGUCUUCUCUUUGAGUCUCGUUUUGACAUCUGAGCGUUGUUUAUAAAGUAUUAGCCCUGUCUUUUCAACUUUUUUCCGUAGGUCAGUUUCUUCGUAUGUUUAAGUGAUGUUUCAUCCAUAAAUUCAAGACCACUAACUUGUUACCAGUUGUGCGGUUUAGUUUUGCCAUAUUUUAUCCCGCGAUUUUUCGUAUGUUACGCUUGUUUUAGCCUGAUCAUACUUUUAUUUUUCAACAAGCCAUAGUAACCUUAUGUUAUGACGCUUUUUCAUACAUUCAUCGUCUGCUUGUCUUCUUUCCGCUUCUCCGUGGGUUAAUUCAUUUGUAAUAUUAGUUUUACUUUUGUUUUCCGCAAGUUGUUUUGUUCUUACGUAUAACUAAAUGAGGAUUUACAAUUGAUUUAACAGCGCAUGUUAAUUAAUUUGCACCGUAUGAGAAUCGAUUGUCCUUUCCACAUUUUUAACAUUAUUUUGUAAAGUAUCGUUGUGAUUUAACACUUCACUGGCCUGCCUGCGCCUUGUCUGCGUAAAGAUAAGAUUGCGCAAAUAACAUGACUGGUGCCAACCUGUCAUUUUUUCAGGCCCGGUGCUUACAUGUAUAUUCCCAUUUGGCAGCCACUAAAAAAACCCUCCAACGAGCCUUUACGUAAAGUAAAGACUUAUUAUUUUAGUGUCUCAGAAUGUUGUAGUUUUCUUUAAUAAAGACGUGAUUAUCAUAAAACCGCUAAUGAUAGCUGUACUCUUGAUAAAGAUUGCUUUUUUGGGGCGGUAAUGCCUUUUGGAAAAUGGUAGAAGUUGCUCUUCAAAAACUUCUUGGGGGAGGGGGGGGAAGGGGCUCCAUGACUGCUUGCGACUUCCCCGGCUACUAACAACAAGUACCCAGCAACUUGAAAUCUUAGUGACAACCCUGCUUCCGGAACAAUAAAUCGCCUGCCAAUGCAUUUUCGGAAAAGCAGUCAGUUGCAAUUAAUUAGGGGGCGUUUGGCAGAUUCAUAGGCUCUGCUGUCAGGCAUUUUUUUCCUUUUUCUUCCUGCCCCAGUUCGGUUAGUAGUUCAUGUAUGACCCCAUGAAAUGUCCUGAGACACCAGUACCAUGUCGUGCCUCUAGGCACAGAGGUGUAGUAAGUGUAGUAAGUGUGGUAAGUGUAAAAUACUAACCCCCAGUUCCCCUUGCCUGCUCCUCCUCCAUGUACCUCUGGGUCGCAAUUCUAAAAAAAUGCCUGCUUUGCAGGCUACAGAUAACUUUACAAAAAUAUGUCACCUUAUCCUCAAUGAUUUGUAUACCUGAGCCCAAGAUACAGUCAUGUGACACUGGUCAGCAAUACCCUUUUUCGACAGCUGUUGUCAUUGUAAGCAUAUCUAGAGAUCUAGAAUUGAAAGAAAAAAGUGUGGCGCUUAGGAUAUAGUGUAUGUGUUAGAAAGUAUCUGAUAAAUUUUUAUUGACAGUCCCUGUUGUUACAAUGUAUCUUAACUAUAAACUCAUCAUUUUUUUCUAACCCAGAUAAUAGUAAACACACAUUUUAUAAAUUAAUCUGAUGAAGUUAUGUUUUGAUAGCACAUGUCAAUUAAUCAUUGUUCAAUCACUAACCCUUUUUAUCUCUAGGGAGGCUAUGUUUGAGUUCUGCAACAAUGAAGAAGUGAAGAAGCUCUUUAUUUUCUUCUCCACGUCAUCUGGUGGCAAAAAUCUUGUGGCAUCACUCCAUCCACCCAAUAGUGUCCAAGAAAAGUCUGUUUACUUUGUCAAGAUUCACAAUGCUGGAAAACUCUCCAGGGACAACAUUGUUACUGAUGUUGCCUUUUGCGACAGCUCCUAUCAGCCUUUAUCUCAUGCCAGCACUUUAACAAAGGAUGUAUUUUUGCCGCUGUUGAGUAUUGAAAUGGGUGGCGGUGUCAGCGCCGACAAAUUGAUGGACUUGGUGCACAGGCUUGUUUCACUUAUGCAGGUCGCUGAAGGAGGAGCGAAGGGUCAGGUCACACUACCUCUGCCAUCUAUUGAGGUGCUAUCUGAGGCUGCAGCCUAUAGCAGCAGGAGACCGGCUGUUAUUCAUGUGCUGGAAACAGCUGUGGUGAACUGGAUUAAGCAGAUCAAGGUGGUUGCAAUAAUAAAUUAAUAAUACAUAGAGAACAUGAAUGGCUAGGUAAUGAAAUGAGAGACACCCCUCUACCCUCCCUAUUUCGAGAUGUUUCCUGGUGUUGUGGGAACUAUUGUUGGUUUGCUUUUGUUUUGUGGCGUGAUUACUGUCCAGUGUUUCAGUCUUUUGUAAUAUGUCGUUUGAUGAAUGCACCUUCAUGGGCAGUGUAUCCACAACACCAGAGAACUUAGCCCCAUUUUCUUGCACUGUUAAGCUUUUUCUUCAUCCUAGACCCACUAGGGAGCUUGUUCAGAGGCUAUGAACAAGCUGGCAUAACCACCAAAAAGUUUGAAAAAGACUCAAAUUAUUUUAGCACAUAAUUUUGUUUUUUGUAAUUUUUUCAUGGGCGCAUUGCCUUUGAACUGGUGAUAUUAUAGGUGAAAUUUAAGGGGGCCUGUUGAUUUGUGAAAAUGGAAGGGGAAUUUAUUCAUAUCAAAUUAUGGAAUACAUGUAAUAUUUAACUUUUUUUGCUGUACUGCUUGCUGAAAGAAGAAUAACUAUUGUUAUUGAGUUGUUUUUCUCUUUGCAUUCUGAAUGAUACAUUAUCUUGGUUUGCAGAUAACACUUAAGCUAGAUCCAGAAACUGAGAUAAAAAAAUAUGGUCCAAGGCCUGGUCCGUUAGAUGAAAUAGAGGUAAUAGUAAUAACUUUUCUUGAUAAUUCAUUAAAAAGUUCAAAAUUUUCCUUGUACAUGUAGUUAAAAUUUGGUGAGAUAAUGAUGUUGUUUUUGCAAAUCAGAUGUGGUCCGAGAGACUGGAGAAGAUCACAUCAGUUAGUGAGCAGCUGUGUUCACAGGUGGCCCUCAACAUUUUGAUGAACCUAGAGGAUGCUCAUAGUACAUAUGCGCAGUCAUUCCACCUUGUUAAAAGAGAAAUUGCCAAGGUUAGAACUUGACAAAAUGAAAAAAAAAAAUGUUAUUUACUCUGACAGUAACUUGAAAAUACGCUGAAAUCAUUGUAGCAUCAUCAUCAUCAUCAUUAUUGUAAGUUGCUGUUUUUGUUGUUAUUUCAAGGGAUUUUAAUAUAGCUGGCAGCCGGCAAAAGUCACCACUUUCUGGUUGUGUUUGGCCAGAUACUCUGUGGGGUUAUUUUGGAGAUUCUUUAGUUAAGGAUGCCAAAACUCGACAGCUGUUUCAGCUAUGAAGUUCGAACUGUGCGUUUUCAGAGAAAUUAAAUCAUAAUUUGCAGUCCUAAACCCACUAAGCCCUAAGAGUGAUGGCACAAAAUUUCUCCUUGUAACAUCAAUGUCUUAUAACACAGACUCGUCAUAUAAAUUAAGGACAUGAUCACGGAACAGUCGAUCUAAUUGAUAACUCAGCUAAUUCUCCCCAUUACUUCUUUUGGAAACGUAAGGACAACAAAUGAGGCUUUUAUUACUGAUUUUAGUGUUUGAAUGGUUAAUAUGUAGUAUUUCCUGGUUAUCUUUACUGACAAUAAUAUUUUGAUGCAUCUGGUGCUUAAGGCGGAAUCAGAGACAAAUGACAAUCUGCAGUUCCUGAGCACUCUUCUUCCUUGGUUUGAGAAACUCCAUUAUGCCACAAAGUCUGCAGAGAUGGUGGUUGUGUUUCCUCCCUUGAUGCACUCUAUGUACCUUGUGUGGGUCUAUUCAAGGUUGGUGUCAAGGUCAUGCAGUCAUAUGACUUCUAAGGGUGACUAUUAUUGGGACCAUGCAAAUCAAAAUAAAAAAUUCAAUUUGCAGUUUUAUUAG